CAAGCAUCGCAGUCCCCUGCACACACACUCUGUUCUGCUCCCACCCUCGCAGUACUACUGCACGGAGAUAUGGACGACGACUUCGACUACCCGGCGGCCAUGGGCGAGGGCGCGAUGGGCGGAUCCGACGACGAGGACGAAGAGGCCAUGAAGAAGCUCUACGCCGACGCGGCGGUUGGCGCCGCCGUCGCCGGGGAGGAGGACGACGAUGCGGGGUAUGACACCGCGGCGAUGAAGGCCGGGGACGAGAAAGGGAUCGGGAAGGAGGGGCUGCGCAAGAAGCUGCUGAAGGAGGGCGAGGGGUCGGAACGUCCCGGCGCCGGCGACGAGGUCGAAGUGCACUACACUGGGACGCUGGUGGACGGCACCAAGUUCGAUUCCAGCCGGGAUCGCGACACCCCAUUCAAGUUCACCCUGGGGCGAGGCCAAGUUAUAAAGGGAUGGGAUAUGGGCAUCAAAACGAUGAAGAGGGGCGAGAAUGCUGUUUUCACCAUCCCACCAGAGCUUGCAUAUGGUGAGGAUGGCUCCCCUCCAGUCAUCCCUCAAAAUGCGACACUGCAGUUUGAUGUUGAGCUUCUCUCAUGGGCAAGUGUCAAGGAUAUUUGCAAAGAUGGCAGCAUUUUUAAGAAGAUACUAGUUGAAGGCGAGAAGUGGGAGAAUCCCAAGGACAUCGAUGAAGUUUUUGUUAAGUAUGAGGCGAGGCUGGAGGAUGGAAGUGUUGUUACAAAAUCUGAUGGUGUUGAGUUCACCGUAAAAGAAGGGCAUUUCUGCCCUGCCAUAUCGAAGGCUGUCAAGACUAUGAAGAAGAAUGAGAAGGUCCUGCUUACUAUCAAACCUGAAUAUGGCUUUGGUGAGGAAGGCAGGCCAGCCUCUGGAGACGGAGCUGCAGUUCCCCCUAAUGCUAUGUUGCACAUUGAUCUUCACUUGGUGUCCUGGAAGACAGUCGUUGAGAUAGGUAACGAUAAGAAGAUCCAGAAGAAGAUCCUUCAGGAGGGUGAAGGCUACAACCGUCCCAAUGAAUGUGCAAAUGUCAAAGUGAAACUUAUUGGGAAGUUGGCGGAUGGUACUGUGUUUGUGGAGAAAGGUCAUAAUAGUGAAGAGCCGUUCGAGUUUAAGACUGAUGAGGAGCAAGUGAUUGAAGGGCUUGACAAAGCAGUGCUUAGCAUGAAGAAAGGAGAAGUUGCAUUUGUGACUAUUGCCCCGGAGCAUGCAUUUGGAUCUGAUGAAUCAAAGCAAGAUCUGGCUGUAGUUCCUCCCAACACAACUGUUUAUUAUGACGUUGAACUAGUGUCCUUUGAGAAGGAGAAGGAAUCAUGGGAGCUGAAGGACAACACUGAGAAGAUUGAAGCAGCUGCUAAGAAGAAAGAUGAAGGGAAUGUGUGGUUUAAGAUGGGAAAGUAUGCCCGGGCUUCUAAGAGAUAUGGAAAGGCUUUGAAUUUCAUAGAGUACGACAACUCCUUCAGUGAAGAAGAAAAACAGUCGUCGAAAGCACUCAAGUUGAGCUGCAAGCUCAAUGAUGCUGCAUGCAAACUGAAACUUAAAGAUUACAAGGGAGCAAAAGAACUGUGUACCGAGGUCCUGGAAACUGACAACACAAAUGUGAAGGCCUUGUACAGACGGGCACAGGCACACACUCAUCUUGUUGAUCUUGAUUUGGCAGAGCUGGAUAUCAAAAAAGCACUGGAAAUAGAUCCCGAGAACAGGGAUGUGAAGAUGGGCUAUAGGAGGCUGAAGGAGAAAGUGAAGGAGUACAACAGAAGGGAUGCUAAAUUCUACGGCAACAUAAUUGAAAAGCUGAGCAAGAUGGAGGGCGAGGAAGCUGGCGGUGGCAGGAGCCAGGGGCCAAGCAAGAAGCGUGGCCUGUGGCCUUUGGCUAGGAGUUUCUUCACGACCGAUGGCAGCAAGGAGUCCACGCUGCGACUCGUGCUAAGGCUACUGAUCCCAGUGAUGGUUUUGGUCGCGCUUUCUGUUGCUUACUACGUGCAGAGUGGAGUUCCUGAAAUCGACUGCGUCAACUGUUGAUGUGCCGAUUCAUGUGUCUGGGUUGUGUAGUGUCUGUCAUCCAUAUGCUUUUGUGUUAUGUCGUGAUGGGUCGACUGCUCAUGGUAAAUAUAUUUGUUACGUUGUUUUGUUGACUGUCU